AUGUUCGACCUGGACGGCGACGAGCUCUUCCACAUGGACCUGCAGCGCCAGGAGACGGUGUGGCGCCUGCCGCGCUUCCGCCAGAUCGCCGGCUUCCAGGCCGAGGGCGUCCCGGGCAACGUGGCCGUGCUGCGCUCCAACCUCGCCAUCCUCAUGCGCCGCUCCAACUACACGCCGGCCCAGAACGUCCCCCCAAAGGUGACGCUGUACCCAGAGAGGCCGGUGGAGGUGGGGGAGCCCAACAUGCUGGUCUGCCUGGCGGACGAGUUCUCGCCCCCAGUGGUGAAGCUCACCUGGCUGAAGAACGGGCAGGAGGUAGAGGCCGGCAUGGAGGAGACGGACUUCUACCCCAGGACGGACAACGCCUUCCGCAAGUUCUCCUACCUGCCCUUCGUCCCGGAGGCCGAGGACAUCUACUACUGCCGCGUGGAGCACUGGGGCCUGGCCCAGCCCCUCACCAAGGAGUGGAAUGCCAACAUGGCUGAGCCCCUCCCAGAGACCGGGGAGAACGUGGUGUGUGGCCUGGGCCUGGCCGGGGGCAUCAUGGGCAUCAUCGUGGGCACCGUCCUCAUCGUCAAGAGCCGGCAGAUGGGUGAGGCCAACUUACGCCGGAGGCCGAUGUGAUUGACGGCGGGUGUGCCCCUUCCAGUCGAGAUCUGCCUCUGCCUGUUGUCCGACUCCUGUCCUUUGCUGCUUCCCCCCUGGCAAAGCCCCCUCCUCCUGCAUCAGCUCAGCUCAGAGGACUAGCGGGGGGGGCAAUUUCCUGACCCCCAGCGGCUUUCGAAGUGCCCCCUCCCACCAAAAUGGUGUCUACAUUGAAAUGGCACAGCAGGGCCCCAGCCAGGUGGCCUUCUGAGAUGUGGUCAGAGUGUCUCCUUCAGCAGUGCCCCCAAAGAAGGUCUGUUCCCAAGAGGGGGGGGGCUUCCAUCCCCUGGUCACUGCUUGGAGGCACCCAUCACUCCAGGGGGGCAGGCAGAGAUUUGCAGUGAGAUGCUUUCUGUCCCUCCCCACUUGCUUUGGGGUCUGUGGAGGGUUUGCCUGCCCUAUUUCUGGUCCCAGAGAACCUCUGGGAAGAACCUGCUUGGACUUCUGAGUAGAACAUGCCGGCCAUUUUAUUCCUACCGUGUCUGGGAUUUGGAGGGACCUUGCCCUGGUUCUGGGCAUUACACUAUUAGGUAGUAUUCAGUCUCCCUGGUAGUGGUCAGUUGGUGAGGAAGGGGAGCUGACGGGGCCUCCUUUGGACUGGCUCCUCUUCUGGGACUUUAACCGCAGCUUGACAGGCAGAAGUAAUGCAGGUGAACCUUUUCUUGGCCUGGAGGAAGAUGGUGGGAAGUCCAUCUGCUCAAUUUCUCUGCUGUUAGAGAACUGGAGCCGGUAGAAAAGGAAGGAACUGGAGGGAGAGACCCCAGGAAGUCCCUGUCAGAGAGGGAGUGGACACGAUCCGGGCAGGUGUGGAGAGGCAGGGAAGCGAUUAGAAGACUCUGCUGUGAAAAGUCAGUGCUCGGGGUGAGCCCGCCAGCUCCCAUCCCAUAAUACUGAACUUGGUCCUGGGAAGGAACCCUUCAGUAGCCUGCAGCAUGAAGCCAAAGCCGCUUCCUCUAGAGCAAACCACCCCUGCACUCAGGCCAGGCUCUUCUUCCAUGGUUCAGGGCGUUUGGGGAGGUGUUUGGGGAGAGAUUUUGCUAUGUAAAUCUGCUUGGGGGGGGCGCGAGGCCUCUCCGUAGCGAUGCCCCUCCCAACAUUUCCCUAUUGCCAUUUUUCUGAAAAAGGAAUAAAUUGGGGUUUUGUUCAAA